GUCCCCCUCCGCCCGCAGGGUGGCCACAGACCACAACUCAGACAACACAACGGCCGUGCUGCGGGAAUGGCUGGUGGCCGUGAAGAACCUGUACCACUCGGUAGAGUGGCGGCCGGCAGAGGAGCCCCGGUCCUACCAAGACGAGGAGGGCCCCAAGCACUGGUCCGACGCGCGCUACGAGCACGUCAUGAAGCUGCGCCAGGCGGCCCUGAAGUCUGCCCGGGACAUGUGGGCUGAUUACAUCUUGUUUGUGGACGCAGACAACCUGAUCCUGAACCCUGACACGCUGACGCUGCUCAUCGCCGAGAACAAGACGGUGGUGGCGCCCAUGCUGGAUUCCCGGGCUGCGUACUCCAAUUUCUGGUGUGGGAUGACUUCCCAGGGCUACUACAAGCGCACGCCUGCCUACAUCCCCAUUCGCAAGCGGGACCGCCAGGGCUGCUUCGCGGUCCCCAUGGUGCACUCGACCUUCCUGAUCGACCUGCGGAAGGCGGCGUCCAGGAACUUGGCGUUCUACCCUCCACACGAGGACUACACCUGGGCCUUCGAUGACAUCAUCGUUUUCGCGUUCUCCUGCAAGCAGGCAGAGGUCCAGAUGUACGUGUGCAACAAGGAGAUGUAUGGCUUCCUGCCAGUGCCGCUGCGGUCACAUAGUACCCUCCAGGACGAGGCUGAGAGCUUCAUGCAUGUGCAGCUGGAAGUUAUGGUGAAGCACCCCCCAGCAGAGCCCUCCCGGUUUGUCUCGGUGCCUACCAAGAUGCCUGACAAGAUGGGCUUCGACGAGGUCUUCAUGAUCAACCUGAAGCGGCGGCAGGACCGGCGGGAACGCAUGCUCUGGGCGCUCUGGGCGCAGGAGAUCAAGGUCCGGCUGGUGGAGGCUGUGGACGGCAAAGCCAUGAACACCAGCCAGGUGGAGGCACUGGGCAUCCAGAUGCUGCCCGGCUACCAGGACCCCUACCAUGGGCGGCCCCUCACCAAGGGAGAGUUGGGCUGCUUCCUCAGCCACUAUAACAUCUGGAAGGAGGUCGUGGAGAAGGGACUGAAGAAAUCGCUGGUCUUUGAGGAUGACCUGCGCUUCGAGAUCUUCUUCAAGAGGCGCCUGAUGAACCUCAUGCGGGAUGUGGAGAGGGAGGAUCUGGACUGGGACCUCAUCUAUGUGGGCCGGAAGCGGAUGCAGGUGGAGCACCCCGAGAAGGCUGUGCCCCGCGUGAGGAACCUGGUGGAGGCCGACUACUCCUACUGGACACUGGCCUACGUCAUCUCCUUGCAAGGCGCCCGGAAGCUGCUGGCGGCCCAGCCGCUCUCCAAGAUGCUGCCCGUGGACGAGUUCCUGCCAGUCAUGUUCGACAAGCACCCAGUGUCCGAGUAUAAGGCCCACUUCUCCCCUCGCAACCUGCGCGCCUUCUCCGUGGAGCCUCUGCUCGUGUUCCCCACGCACUACACGGGGGACGACGGGUACGUGAGCGACACAGAGACCUCGGUUGUGUGGAACAACGAGCACGUCAAGACCGACUGGGACCGUGCCAAAUCCCAGAAGAUGAGGGAGCAGCAGGCCCUGAGCCGAGAGGCCAAAAACUCGGAUGUGCUUCAGUCCCCGCUGGACAGCGCUGCCCGGGACGAGCUCUGAGGGGCAGUGGCCACAGCAGCCUCCGUGUGCUUGCUGGGGACAGCAGGGCCCCUGCAGACCCUGGCAGGCCUUGGAGGGCUCCCCAUGCAGGGUGGUGGCCAGCCAGCUCUUGCUCAGCAAUCUUGUACACACAGGCAGCAUUAAUGGAGUGCCUACUGUAUGCCAGGCAUAGUGUUUUGCACUGGGAGACUGGGUGGGAACAAGCCAUCAUUCAUCUCCACGUGCCUGACAUUUCUUAAGCAUUGACUAUGUACCAGGUUCGUGGGUGAUGGCCGUGAAUGAGGCAUAAUGAUUUCCUCAGUGAUGAUUCAGUCAUCAAGCAUUUAUUGACAGCCCCCCUCCCCAAGAAUCAGGCACUAGUGAUACACAUUCAUUUUUUAAAGAUUAAUUUAAGUAUUUAUUGAGUGCCUACUGACGGUUGGGCACCAUUUCAGGCUCUGGGAAUAUUGAGAUAAAUAAGACACUUUCAUUUAUUCAAACGCAUAUCAGGUACCUACUAUGUGCCUGGUACUUGAGACACAAAAGUUCUUAUCAACUCCGUGCUGUUAUUGAGUGUCCGCUGUGCGCCAGAAGCUGAGCUGGGUGCUAGGCAUGGAGAUGAACAAGGUGCUUUUCACUCUUUAAUUGGCUUCUUCCCCACUCACCUGAAGAGCACCUACUGUGUGCGCUAGACAUUGGUGAUACAAAACAGUAUAACACUUGUUCAGUCACUACAUUUGAUUUCCCACAUGUGUGCUGGGCCCCAGAGAUGAACAGAAAGAGUCCUUUCAUUUCAUGCAUUAGGCAUUUAUUGAGUGCCUACUGUGUACCAGACCUUGUGGACUCCCAGUGGUGUUAGCGAAGGGUUGAGUUUGAGUCCUUAUUCAUCCCGCAGUCACCUGAGCUAUGUGCAGGUCACCACCCCGGAGGGAGGGUGACUUCUCUCACCGGGGGCUUCUGCUGGCCCCAGUAACCACAUGGCCGCUUGCAGGUUCCUGCGCCAGCCCCCCCGGAGGGGGCGGGGUGAGGAAGGGGGCUGGAUCUCCCUUGCCUGCUCCUGGUCCUGUUUGCUUGGCCUCCCAGGCCUGCGUCUCAGGUGUGUCCGCCUGCUCAGUGGGGUUCCUCUGUCUAAGCCUUUGGGGGGCUCAGGGGCACUGGGGUGCUGUCUGCAGCUUGGGCAGGAUGUUCCCCGGCCCAGGCUGGAGGGCUUGCUGCGCCUGCAGCCGGAAGUGAAUGUCAGAGCCGGCCAGCGGUGCCUUCCGCUCUUUGGGAUGGACACUGCUUGCUGGGUCGGAUCCUGGAUAACUUGCUUAUUUUUUUAUUAAACGGUCCUGGAUGGUUUUCACGUAA